GUCCAGCGAAAGGUAUAUAUCCAAGAGGAAUUCAGAGCUCUGCAUAAAGCACAGGCACUUUCCGACUCCGAAAAAGACGAUGUGGCCAUGAAAAAGUCCCACGGCAAAUAUGAUGAAGAACUUCGACGAUUGGAAGAUCAGUUAUGGGAUCUUUCUCGACGGUGCCAGAAAUUGGAGGCAGAUCUGCCCUCUGGUUGUGUUGAAAGGGGCUUUAGGACAUACAGAGAAGAUCCAAACUGGUAUUUCUGCGCAUGGCUACGCCAGGAUUGUGCUGGACGAGAUUGUGGACGUUGUGAAAAGUUCCGAGCAGAAACAACUGCAGCAACAGCAUCAAUUACUACUAUCACACUCCACAAGUGGGAUCGAGGCCAUUGCACCAGUGCUUGUAGCUGUUGCAUUCGCAGCCGGGGACGCGACGGCCGUGAUGCCAAAAAGCAAACUGGCAUGGAAUAUCUUCCAUUUAAUAUCUCUGCCUACAAAUCGUUUUAUUCCACGCGAGUUUAUCGUGCGUAUUUUUUUUGGGGGAUGCAGCGUUUUGGUUGA